CUACCACUACGAAAAAAAUGACUACCAUUUAAAAAAAAUCACUACUGAAAAAAAAUGACUACCAUUUAAAAAAAACAUACCAUUCCAAUGGAAUUCCUCCUUCCAAUUGCAGAGACCGACUAAGCAAAUUAGUUACAGGAAAUCUCAGUCCUUGAACGACUUGAGCAUGAGGCAGAGAAGGGAGGGUUGCCGAGAGAGGCUGAGCUUGCUGUUUGUCAUCGGGAAGAGGAACGAUGCUCUGUGGGAGGCGGUGGCGGAGACUUUUAAGGAGAUUUCGGAAGCGGUGAUGGAGAAGGACGAGAUGAAGAGGUUGGUGCCGGUGACGGCGGCGGUGAGAUCAGUGAGGUGGAUGCCAGCGGCGGCGAGGACCGGUUCGAUCGAGUUGGGUACGGUGGAGGCGGCGAAGGUCGGAGGACACAACGGCACCGCCGAGAAGAAUAGAUGGUGGGAGCCGGUGGGUUGGGUGGGAGGAGGGUAGAAUUAGGGUUUGUGUAUAUAUAGAAUAAUCCAGUGUGGUUUAUUUUUUGUUUCCAAAAUUAUCCUUGAGCAAUCAUAAUCGUUAGAUUAAAAAAAUAGGAAAAAGAUAAAAAUGGAUGGUGGAUAUUGAUGUAGCCAAGGUGGCUACUAGAAAUUUAGUAACCAAGCUAACUCAUCCCUCAAGUUUGGCAUCGGUCAAGAGUUUAUUACUAUCAUAGCCGACACAAUAAUUAAUUACAUAAAUGUUA